GAUUGAUGAUUAAGCGGGUCUCUUUAUAAAGGACAUUUUCACAUUCCUCCUCCACAUAUUUUCCUUGCUGCAACUAUUUCAACUCCUAAUACAUCAACCAUGGCGACAACGACUCUGACCGAAGUUGAACUUCAAGCUUUGCCCAAUAAUUCUUCACCUUGGGUUCCCAAUCCUGGAGUUGUACAAAGCGAAUCGGAUCCAGAAGAUAUCAGACAAGACACGACUCCGCCAACCAACGCUGUAGAAGUCUUACAAAAAUGGAAUUAUCCUCCCAAGAAUGUAUAUCGAGUGGGAGCUUCAUUUUGGAGUUUCUUUCUCAUAGGGAUGAAUGAUGGUUCUUAUGGUGCUUUGAUUCCAUACCUGGAACAAUACUACAACCUAUCCUACACUGUUAUCUCCCUGAUAUUCCUUUCCCCUUUCGCAGGUUACACAUUCGCCUCCUUAAUCAACGACUCCGUACACGUCAAGUUUGGUCAAAGAGGUGUAGCUGUCAUCACAGGACUAUCUCAUCUUAUCCCCUAUAUCGUACUUUCACUCCAUCCCCCCUAUCCAGUUCUUGUCGUUAUGUUUGUAAUUGUAGGAAUUGGUAAUGGACUUGCGGAUGCGGCUUGGUGUGCUUGGAUUGGUAACAUGGUUAGUGCGAAUCAGAUGCAGGGAUUCUUGCAAGCUUGCUAUUCUCUUGGUGGGACAAUUGCACCUUUGAUUGCUGCGGGAAUGCUGGCUAAGACGGGGUUGGAGUGGUAUUAUUUUUACUAUAUCAUGACAGCAGUAGCAGCCUCCGAGCUUAUUAUUUCGGCAUGGGCAUUCUGGGCUCAAACGGGUCAAGUAUACUCAAUGGAGAAUCCUCGAGAUGUCAAUGCUAAGACUGGAAGACUUCGAGAAGCUUUAAGUAAUAAGUUGACUUGGAUAUUCGCAGCCUUCAUCUUUGGCUAUGUAGGAGCUGAAGUAUCACUAGGCGGUUGGAUCGUAACCUUCAUGACCCAAGUUCGCUCCGGCACAACCUUUUCUUCCUCCCUCACCUCAACUGGUUUCUGGGCCGGUAUGACGGUUGGCCGCGUAGGUCUCGCUUUCCUGACAGCUUGGCUAGGCGAAUUCACAUCCGUACUCGUUUACCUUGGAAUCUGCAUAGCCCUGGAACUUCUCUUUUGGCUCAUCCCAUCCUUCUACGUUUCCGCAAUUUCAAUAGCAUUCCUGGGAUUAUUCCUAGGCCCCUUAUUUCCAACAGCUAUUGUAUUGGUUACGAAACUUAUGCCGAAGGAAUUACAUGUUGGAAGUAUUGGGUUUGCGACUGCGUUUGGAGGAAGUGGAGGAGCAAUAUUUCCUUUUAUUGUGGGGGCGCUUGCCCAGGCGAAGGGGGUGAAGGCGUUGCAACCGGUUGUUUUGGCGCUCUUGGUGACGAUCUCUGGAUUGUGGUUGUUGGUUCCGAGAAAGGUAAAGAGAGAUGAGGAGGCUUCGAGGGUAAGAUGGGAGGGAGUUACGGUGGCAAAUUAACUUGCGUAUGCAUUUUGAUCGUGGGUUGGAGCUUUUUUAUUGUUUAUUGAGACUGCGUUUAUACAACAUAUAGUACACGGCGGUGGAGACGCUAAAGAAAUAGCGUAGAUAGUAUACCUCAUUGAACUUCUAGAUUUUACAUCGCUUAAGGAGAUUGCGUUCGAGGGUCCCUAGCUGAAUGGCUUACACAAUCAAGCCUACUCUCUCCAUUUCUCUCUAGCCAUAUUAUGCGUUCAUAAACUUUUCAUUAUCUGUAUAUAGUCUUUAUAUUUAUCCUAUCUAUUGCUUUCA